AUCUACAUAGUAUAGAAAGUGCAACAUCCAUCAUAUACAGUUCACGACGCCAGACAAUUCGCCCCACACACUUUCGCUAUCUGGUGAGCCUGGUUGCUUAUAUUCGUGUCAGACCGGUGUCCUUAUCAGCCGGAUCACUUGCGGAACGAAUGAAUCGAUCGAGCAUGGUUGGCCCUUGGAGAGGUCAGUGGUACACAUAUAACAGCGAAGACAGUUUCCGACUGCUGGUUCACUCGGUCAGUAGACUCUAGACAGCCCGCGAACUGCAAAGAUGGUCAUCAGAAUAGCACUGAUUCAACUGAGAAUUGCCGGAUCGAAGGAGAAAAUUUUAAAGAACGCAGUGGACUUGAUUCGUAUUGCCAAGAAGGAGAAAGAAGCCAACGUUGUGGUGCUACCGGAAUGUUUCAACUGUCCGUACAGUGCACAAGAUUUCGAGGCUAGCGCCGAAGAAAUCCCACUCGGACCGACCAGCCUUGCUCUGAGUCAAGCAGCCAGAGACUAUGGUGUUCACAUUGUCGGUGGUUCGAUCGCUGAAAUCUGCUGUGGAAAAUUGUACAACACUUGCACGGUUUGGGGACCGGAAGGAGAGUUGGUGGCAAAACAUCGCAAGGUUCAUCCUCGCAAUGCCAACAUUCCGGAACAGUUCGCCGUUCACGAGGCCCAGGUGAUUUCCCCGGGCGCCAGCUACACUACCUUCUUCGUUGGAGAAACCAAAAUCGGAUUGGGAGUGUGCUGGGAUAUGCGCUUUCCGGAGUUUGCCGCGGCGUAUCGCCAAAUGGGUUGCGGUUUGCUGAUUUAUCCGGCUGCCUGUGAUGCCUACACAGGGGAAAUGCAUUGGGAGUUGCUUGCCAGAAGCCGUGCCCUGGACAACCAAGUGUUUGUUGCAUUCUGCUCACCCGCCCGGGAUUCGCACGCCGAGCUGAUUUGCCACGGACACUCGCUGGUCGUCGAUCCGUGGGGUCAAAUUAUUCAGAUGGGAACCGAAUUCCAGGAGAUUGUGGUGGCCGAUUUAGUGCUUAAAACACUGAACGAGAUACGCGAGCAGAUUCCGGUUCUGGAGGAGAAACGAAAUGAUUUGUAUGAAUUAGUUGUUAAGAAGUAAAUUGUUCGAUAAGCUGCAUGUUCUAACGGAGUUAUAUAUUUUGACCAAGUGCAUAGUUUAAUAGGUUCAUGAAAUGUGAUAAUAAAGAGUUUGGUAGCAACUUUGAA